AUGCCAGAUCAGCCGUCGUUAAUACAUCGUUGGAGUCAUACUUACUCUAUCUUGUCAACAGUUGCAUUUCCACACAAGAAGAUCUUGUUUGCAGGGACGCAUGACUCCAAGAUUCUAUGCUUCGAUCUGAACACUUACAAUCUAAUCAAAACGAUACGCUUAGGCGACUCAGAUGAAACGCACACCAAGUCUAGUGUAUUAUGUCUAGCCAAGUCUAAGGAUGAGAAACUACUUUUCUCUGGUGGAGCUGACUCAUUGGUCAGAAUAUGGUCUGUAGGAGACAUUACACGCGACUAUUCGAUAUGCGUCAAGGAGCUGGGAACCGUGUAUUCACUGCUGGACAUUGGUGACAUUUUUUCGCUCAAGUAUCUCGAUGGACAUCAAACCAUCGUCUUCGGCUGUCAGAAUGCUAACAUGCUUUAUCUCCCAAACGUAUUGGACAAGAUUCAAUCUAAGGAUAGUUUUGACGACCUUAAUAAACUACCUCACAGGAGAUUCGAUAAGUUUUUUGACUCUCUUGGGCCCGGCUCAAAGCCAGAGUACUCGAGACCAGCCAGCCCCGACUCUGUUUCGUCUUUCUCCGAUAACGUCAUCCUUCAGGUUCCAUCAGAGAACAUUGUACAAUACGCGCAUAACGGCUUCAUAUACUCCAUUCAACAGUUAAAAGGAUAUAAGGAGUCACUUCCAGACCACUUUUAUCCUUUUAAUGUUCCAAACGAAAACUACGAGUUUAUUGUUUCUGGAGGGGGUGACGGAAUGAACAAAGUAUGGGCGCUUGCAAUGCUUCCAGAUUCAUCCACACGAAUUGCAUUGGUAUCUGAACUGGAUAGCGAUGAUAGCGUUCUUUGCCAGUUCAUCGAAUACCCAUUUUUGUACUGUGGCCUCACCGGCGGCAUCAUUAAAAUUUGGGAUUUGAACACCAACGAGCUGAUUUCCACUCUUCAUGCCCCUGAUUCUUCCGAUAUAAUGUCUCUCACCGUCUAUCAAGACCAUAUAUUCGCGACGCAAGAGAAAGGCAUAACAAAAUUUUACCAGGACAGCAUUUACCAUUGGAGCGCCCAUGAACGACUAGUGCUUAGUGCAGAGAUCCUACGGAAAGCGUGCACACGUUGCAAACAUGUUAGACUAGUUACGGGAGGUAAUGACGGGACAUUGGCAUUAUGGGAUAUCAACAACCUGGUUGAAGAAAACGAUUCAGGGCACGUAUUUCAUUACAAUGCUAGUGAAUUUGAAGAGCUCAGCCAAAAGGACAAUGGCAAUUCAUGGGUAAAAUACCAAGCUUCUUUGCUGGAACACGAUAACAUGUUACAAACACUCAAAGAACUGAUCAGUUUCAAAACUGUAUCUGCAAGAAAUGAGACACAAUAUCUCAUAGAUGCCCGCAAAUGUGCAACAUUCUUGCAGCAGCUUUUUAACAAAUUUGGGGCCGCCAAAUGUGAGCUUUUAGCUGUAGAGAAUGGUGGGAACCCGCUGGUAUAUGCACUUUUCAAGGGUAAUGCCGAAAACAAGUCAAAAAUCUUAUGGUAUGCGCACUAUGAUGUUAUUUCUGCUGGAGAUCCCUCAUGCUGGAAUACAGAUCCUUUCUCUCUGACAUGCGAAGACGGCUACUUGAAGGGAAGAGGUGUUUCAGAUAACAAGGGUCCCCUUGUCGCUGCCAUUUACAGCGUGGCAGAAUUAGCUUUAAACAACUCUCUUCCAAACGAUGUGGUCUUUCUAAUUGAAGGACAAGAAGAGUCAGGAUCAGAUGGAUUUGCUAACGUGGUGAACCAGCAUAUUGAUUUGAUAGGGCGGGAUGUUGGCUGGAUCCUAUUCAGUAACUCUUACUGGAUCGAUAGAGAAAUACCUUGCUUGAACUACGGAUUGAGAGGUGUCAUCAACGCUAAAAUUACCAUCUGGAGCAAUGAACCGGACCGUCAUUCUGGUGUCGAUGGUGGUGUUCAUCGAGAACCCACAGCAGAUCUCGUUAGGGUGAUUUCAAAACUGCAAGAUGACGAGGGGAAUGUUCUCAUACCUGGAUUUUACGAAUCCAUCAAAGAGCUCAGUGGCAAAGAGUACAAUCAUUUCAAGGAAAUUAUACACAGAGCCGACAUUGAUGAAACUAUAACUGUUGAUCAGCUAAUUGCAAAAUGGACAAAACCGUCAUUAUCUAUUACCACCAUGAAGGUUAGCGGUCCGGGUAAUGCAACAGUUAUUCCUCGGAAGGCAACGAUAAGCAUUUCUAUUCGAUUAGUUCCCGAACAAAACUUGCAUGCAGUUAGAAAGUCUUUAGAAGACUACGUUCAGUCUAGCUUUACAAAAUUAAAAUCUAAAAAUCAUAUGGAAAUCAAAAUACUGAACGAAGCAGAACCAUGGUUAGGAGAUCCCGAAAACCUUGCUUACAAAGUUCUCAAAGAAGAAAUAUCCGAUGCAUGGGGUAUUGAUCCUCUUCUUGUAAGAGAGGGAGGUUCUAUCCCGCAAGUGAGGUUCUUAGAGCGUGUCCUCGACGCACCAGCCGCCCAAAUUCCAUGUGGACAAUCCACCGAUAAUGCACAUCUGGAUAAUGAACAACUGAGAAUCAAAAACUGGUAUAGGAUGCGGCAGAUUCUGGGAAACGUAUUCAGUAAAUUGUAA